GAAUAAAUAGCCACUGACUUCUACGUAUUGUGUGACAGUAACCUGACGGGUCCGAGUGUAAAGACAGACACGGUUGUGCGUAAAUUCACAGAGAACGUUUGCUCAAAAUCUGUGGGAAAAACCAAAGUUGAAAUAGUGGACCCACAGAGAAACAUUCACACCUUGUUGGCUCUGAAUAGUUUCCAAUGGGUUUGUUAACCUCCAAGGAAUCGAAAAGGAAACAAGCACGAGUUAUAAUGCUGGGUCUGAACGCAGCAGGGAAAUCCACUCUGUUGUACAAAUUGAAGUUCGGUGAGACUGAACAUUUCACUGUGCCCACCAUAGGCUUCAACGUGGAGAUGCUGGAGGCUGAUAAACAGAUCUCUCUCACCGUCUGGGACGUGGGAGGGCAGAGGAAGCUGCGGCAGUUUUGGCCCCAUUACUUCCAGAAUACGGAUGGGAUUGUGUACGUUGUGGACAGUGCGGAUAAAGCACACCUGGAAGAGUCAAAGAAGGAAUUUGAGAGCUUGCUGAAACACGAGCAUCUGAAGGGAGUUCCAGUAGUGGUACUCGCUAAUAAACAAGAUCUCCCCAAUGCCAUGACCGCAGACGAGGUGACCAGACGUUUGCGUUUGAAGAGAUGCUGCUCGGAUCGAGACUGGUAUGUACAGCCGUGCUGUGCUAAAACGGGCCAAGGGCUCUCCGCAGCCAUGAAGACCAUCAUCCUACACGUCAAAAGAAAGGUGAACUAUAAAGAUGAAGGCGCACAUCCCGAGUUCGAAGAAGACAGGUUGUGAAACAAAGUCAGACAAAAAAAAAGACCUGUAACUUGUCCACCAACUCAUCACUAUUCACAAAUGGGCAAUGCUGUGCUGUGACCCAGUUCAAGAUUCUUGCAAUGGAACUAAUCAAAAGAUUAGGACAACUUAUUUAUUUAUACUUCUGUUUACAUCGUUACUUAUAUUGUAUUAUGCAAACCGAGAUGUCAACUUUGAAUAAUCCUUUCAAGGAGUAAAAUAUUCCAGUCUAAAAUGUAACCCGGUAAGAAGCUUCAAUUUAAUGCUCUGGUAAGCGUGCCUAUGCAUGUAUGUUAAAAAGGUUAAAUUAAUCUAUUGAUAGUUUUAUAGAGUUCGCAACUUAGAUCAUAAAGAAGUUUUGGGGGGGUGUUGUAUUGUACAUCUAUAUAUUAUAUAUGUAUAUAAUAGGAUAUAUGUGGAUAUUGCAUUGUAUCCUUUCACAGAAAAAAUAAAGUCUGGAAGAACCUCACAAAAUAGUAAUUAUAAAUUAAGGGAAUAACAUUAUAGUCGGCAAACUGUGUACUAAACUGUGCAAAUUAAUUUCUAUGAGCAACGUCCCAAAAAUAACAGCAAUGUGGAGUUAAUUUGAUUGUUUUUCGUGGAUAUUUGCCAGCACUCUCCGGCAAAACUCCCCAUUUUAUUUUUGGAAACAGCAAAGGUGGAUCCCUUAAUGUUCAUCUUGAUAAGAUAAACUGACCCUGGGUUCAACUACAAUUGAAAAUGGGAUGAUGAAUAAAUAAUACUUGUAUUUAAUGAAGGUACAUUAGAGUUUGCUGAGGUACACUUGCAUGUCUCAUUCUGCUCGCACAGAGACCAGCAUCAACAACUUACAUUUAUAUAGAACCCUUCAUACGAGGUAGCAUCUUGGAGCGCUUAAUAGUAACGAAGUAAUGAAGCCUGACAGUGAGCCGGGGAACGGAGGAGAUGACCAUAAACACUUUCGUACAGGAAGGUCUCCAGCUGUGAAAAACGGGAAGGAGACGCAAAAGGAGGGAUUGAGCGAGGGGGUUCCAAAGUUUCAGGGUGUAGAGGUUGAAAGAAUGGCUGCCAAUAGUAGAGUGGAGGGAACGAGGGAGAAG